AUGGAAUUUCGAGUCGGGGGAAAUUUAGGGUCAGAUGCGUUGAAGAAGAAGCUACCUAUCAAAGUUAUAGACAGUAAUUUGAGUGGUCUGAGGGAAAUAGUGCAACAAAUGAAGACUAUACAGAAGAAUGCUUUCAAGAAGCGACAUGGGAACUUAUUGAGGUUGCUGAAUGCGGAAUUCCAAGCAUCGGCAGUCACUACUCUGGCUCAAUAUUACGAUCCGCCACUCAGAUGUUUCACCUUCCAGGAUUUUCAAUUGGUACCAACAAUAGAAGAGUUCGAACAAAUUUUGGGCUUGUCAAUGGAAGAUAAAGUCCCUUACAGACAUUCAGAGCAACAUGCAUCUGUCUCUACGUUGGCUGGAAUAUUGAAGGUACACCCUGCCAAGCUAGAAGGUAAGAUGGCCUCCAAGGGCAACUCGAAGGGGAUCCCUCAAGGAUAUUUGGAAGGGCAUCUGCGUCUUUUGGCGGAAAAAGAAAUGGGGGAGACGUUCAUGAAUGUGUUGGCUCUCACACUUUAUGGAGUCAUACUCUUCCCUAACAUGGAAAAUUUUGUUGAUCAAACCGCCCUCGAUGUGUUUGUUGCCUACAAGAUUCAUUCAGAAAGUCCUGUCACCGCGGUUCUAGCUGAUGUGCAUGGGAGUACAUUGAAUGUCGAAUGUCUUAUUGGAGAGUUACCACCUAGCGGCAUUGAAAUUCGGGGGGCGAAGGAAUGGGCCCAGUUUUGUGCGAGUUUGAAUGUGGGAAAAAUUAGAUGGUGUGUCCCGGGAUUGUCGAAGUCACGUGUCAUUUCUUGUGGGGCUUUCCCUAAUGUCCCCCUAAUAGGCACUAGAAGUUGUGUGAAUUAUAACCCUGUCUUGGCUCAGCGACAAUUUGGGUGUCCGAUCAAGAGCUCCCCAACUCUAGAAUCUUUGGUUGCCGUUUGGACUUAUUAUGAAGAAGGAAUUUCCCUUGAUCUAAUUCGCCGAAUCAGGAGUGCUUGGGGUGAGGUCCUGCGUGUAGAAAAAGACCCAAGGCCAUGGGUGAUCGACGAGAAGAUAUCCUACCGACGAUGGAUUCUGGAAAGGGUUAACACGGUCAAGUUACCUUUCAAAUCAGACUCUCCUGCUCCUGAGCGGUCAGAACCUGCCGAGUCCGAGGAAAUGAAGAGGUUGAAAGAGGAAAUGGAGAAGAUGAAACUCAAAAAUGCCAAAUUAAUUAAUGAGCUUCAAAGUCUCCGACACGAGUAUGUGAAUCUGAGGCGUGAUAAGGAGGAAAUGACAAAAGCGUAUGAAGGAAUUCUUAGGAAGCAAUGA